CGAUGAGCUAUAGAGGAGUAGAGCGUGGACUGUUUAAACAGAGAGGUGCAUCGAGACAAGCCUGACCAUAUACAGGUGCACGAUAGAGCAAGGAAGUCUGGCUCCAGCCACAUCCCACACCGCAGGCAUGCCGAUAAUAGACAAGUCCAAAGACCUCGAUGCCCUCUUUCGGGAACAGGUCCGCGUCACACCGGACGCAAUUGCACUCGAGGACCGCACCAGCUCGUACACCUAUGCAGCGCUCGACGCCAAAGUCGGUACGCUCGCCGCACGCUUUCGCACACGCAACGUCGGCCCAUGCAGCAGCAGUGGAAAAAGAGCAGACUCGCUGGUUGGUGUGCUGCUGAGCAAGAGUGCAGACUACGUCAUCACAUGCCUCGCCGCUCAUCGUGCGGGCGGCGCCUUUCUUGUACUCGAACUCGCCUAUCCGCCCAGUCUGCUGGCUGAGGUGAUCCAAGAUGCCAAGCCAGCGGUCGUCGUGACGAGCCCUUCGCACAGCCAUCUGAUGAAGGAUAUCCACGAUGUACCGAUCAUCACGCUCGGAGAACGUCAGACUGACGAGUUGCAACCAGCGACGACCAACGACGGUGUUGCUACUGCUGUUGUAGGGGCAUGUGCCUCGAGCGCGCAGUACAUCGCCGCUUGUGAAGACGAAAAUAAUCUGAGCAAACUCGCGUUCGUUUCCUACUCUUCAGGGACGACAGGAAAGCCCAAGGGCAUCGCAAAUCCGCACCAAGCAGCUGUAUAUUCGUACGAUGCGCGGUUUUCCAUCAGCGACGUCAAGCCCGGCGAUCGAGUCGCCUGCAAUGUUUAUUUCAUAUGGGAGAUCCUUCGCCCUCUGCUCCGCGGAGCGACCGUUUUCGCCGUCCCGGACGAUUCGAGCUAUGAUCCGAUCGCACUGGUCGAUCUCCUCUCCGAACGCAAUGUGACGGAGACGCUCAUGACGCCGACGCUCCUCGCCGCAGUCCUCGCGCGGCAUGCGAAGCUCGGCAGCAAGCUUCCCAAACUGCGCACGCUUUGGCUCAACGGAGAAGUAGUCACGACGGACCUGGCGCGGCGUGCGCUCAAAGCACUGCCGAACGUGCGUGUGCUCAACUGCUACAGCGCUAGCGAAACGCAUGAGAUCGCCUGCGGUGAUAUCAAUGAGAUGUUGCAGCGCCUCGAUCCAGAUGCGGCAUACUGCCCCGUCGGCCCGCCCGUCGACGCUACGCACACGUACGUCCUCGACGAAGAGGGAAAAUGCGUGGAGCCGGGUACAUCUGGCGAGCUGUUCGUUGGCGGCGACUUCCUCGCUCGCGGGUACUUGAACCGGCCUGAGACCACGGCGAAUGCUUUCCUGGAAGACAGGUUUGACCCUGGUGAAGGGAACAGGAUGUACCGAACGGGUGACUUGGCGCGCAUCAUCCCUGAAACGGGCUUGCUCGAGAUCACUGGUCGCGUGGGCGGCAUGAUCAAGAUCCGCGGUUACACCAUCAUCCCGGGUAAAGUCGAGAAUGCGAUCGUCGAUUCGCUGCGCGUGAGCAACUGCGCCAUCCUCGCGAACGGAGAUGGACUUGAGAGGCAGCUGGUUGCGUAUGUCGUGCGCGAAGAUGCCAAGUGCGGCGAUGAAACCCGCCAGGACUUCAACAUUGACGAAAACGGGCACAGCCCCGUCGCACGGCACGCGCUUGGGCAACACCUAGCGCACUACAUGCUUCCGACACUCUGGAUUGAGCUGGAUCACUUGCCGACCAACCAGGUCUCUGGAAAAGUAGACCUCAAGAACUUGCCCGCGCCCGCCACAGCGAUUGCGGCGGCCAACGCGGCGCGGCAGCGGGGCAAAGCCGAUGCGGUUGUCAACUCACGCUCGAUUGCCAAGAUGUGGGCCGUCUCGCUCAACAUCACACCCGAGGCGAUCCUCGAGGCCGGGCCGAACGUAAGCUUUUUCGACCUUGGAGGCCACUCCCUCUCGCUCGCGAGCCUCGCCACGCGCAUCUCCAAAUCUAUGGGCGGCUUCGCGGUCCCACUCGCCAAGCUCGCUGGCGCACCGACGCUCGAAGGGCACGUGCAGGCCGUGCUUGACGCACGCGACGGGCACAUUGCCGCCGUUCAGGCCGACCUACCGGCCAUCUUGGCGGAGGAUUCGCAUCUGGCAGACGGUCUUGCGCCCUCGUCCGCACGCUGCAGUAUGUGCCGCAUCGAAGAUGCUGACACCAUCCUUCUGACGGGCGUCACCGGCUUCCUGGGCGGGAACCUUCUGCACGAUAUUCUCAAGAACACCUCUGCGCGCGUCAUCUGCCCAAUCCGCUUCGACACGCCUUACAGGACGGACAGGUCGGCAGCGAUGGCACGCCUGCGCAGCAACUUGCUGGACAUGGGUCUCUGGCAUGAGUCCGUGCUCGACCGCGUCGACGUCGUUCCGUCCAAUCUGUCGAGGCACAGGCUCGGCCUCUUGCCGGAAGUGUACGACGAGCUGGCGUCCACCGUGCAGGUUGUUGUCCACUGUGCAGCCCAGGUCAACCUAGUCUACCCGUACGCGGCGUUGCGUGAUCCCAAUGUGAAAGGCACGCUGGAGAUCAUCCGCUUUGCGUGUCAGAGCAAUGCAACGUUGCAGUAUGUCUCGACUAACGGCGUCCUCCCGCCUUCCCAGGUAGGCUGGCCGGAAGAUGCGAUGACGUCGAUCGAAGACGUGCCCAAGCUCCUGCUUGAUGGGUACUGCCAGACCAAAUGGGUAGCUGAGCACCUCGUCCUACAGGCUGGUCGUCGUGGGCUCCCUGCCCACAUCUAUCGCGUCGGCACCCUCAGCGGGCACUCGCAGACCGGCUCAGCGAACACGUACGACCUCCUCACUGCCCUCAUCGUUGAAUCGCUGCAUCUCGGCGCCGCGCCCGAGCUCGAGGGCUGGCAUGCGGAGAUGACGCCUGUCGACUUUGUCAGCAAGGCCAUCAUCGCAUUGUCUAACCAUGAAGAGCCGGGCCGCUCCAUCUACCACGUCGGCGACCCUCAUCCUAUCGAUUGCCGCCUUCUGUUUGAUCGUUUCGAGGCGCUCGGAUAUCCUACGGAGCGCAUGAGUUGGGAUGCAUGGGUCGCGCUCUGGCACGAAAAGCGCGGGAAUGCAAAGGGCGGCAACCACGGCUUCACCGUCGACAUCCUGCGCACCGGCAUGCCAUCCAAGGACACACUGUUCGAGAUCACCGCGUUGCGAGACGAUGCUACGCGAGUGGCGCUGGGGGAUCUGCGGAGACCUGCGGUUGAUGUCGAUCUGCUGCGCACGUAUUCUCGGCAUUGGUACGCGCGCGGUUGGCUGCAUCGCCAGCCACUUCGCGCGCCUACUAAAGCGGACAAUGUCAAUGGCGUCAAAGCGAACGGUGUCAAAGCGAACGGUGUCAAAGAGAACGGCGUCAAAGCGAACGGCGUCAAAGCGAACGGCGUCAAAGCGAACGGCGUCAAAGCGAGCGGCGUCAAAGCGAACGGCAUCAACGGCACUUUCGACGCAGCGUUAAUCGAAUCAAAUCAUGAUAUGGCAGCGCAACGAUCCAAAGACACGAGAAUUCUAGAACUGGAACAAGAGGUACAAAGGCUGAAAAAGGAGCUACAGGACAUUAAAGCUUCGAGAUAGAUUUGAUCGCACAUUCCUCGCAAACUGCCAUCAUACAUCGCGUUUCACGCUUCCCUCUAGAAACGGGGCAUCCCACGAGCAUUAGAGCUAGACAUCAAAUAGAACGAGGGCACUGUACUCAAGAAAUGAGAGACCCAUGUGUUAUUGCA